GUAAAAUGGAUGCUCAAUUGUUUCCUCAAAGGUUCUUUAAUUCUCUUACAUUGCAUCUUACCCUCAAACAUGAAGCUAUACCUAAUAUAUGUCAAUGUAAAUAUUGGAAGAACGGGGUGAAAUGGGGUAAUAACAAAGGUGUUGUGACAUCAAUGGAACUUGUCAAUGACAACCGAUGUGUUCUGAUCUUAAUGUCAUGUGAUGAAGAGUCAUAUGAUUCAAUGAUUUCAUUGCGACGAAAUAUCAUCAAAGAUAUCUUAAAUAUUUGCAGAGAAUAUUGUCCUACUCUGAAAGUAGAAGAAUUUGUGAUUGAUCCAGUUUGUUUGAAGCAGUACCCAAUUGAAAAACCAAGAGAAACAACAGCAUAUUGUGUAAAGAACAUGAGAGGUAGAAAGAAGGACGACUAUGUUUACCCUACAUACCCUACAUUCACCAUAAAAAGGAAACGUCUCUCUAAUCUUUUACCUCAUGAACCUGACUAUGAUAAUCUCUCUGUUUAUGGAAAAGUAUUUAAAGGAGAACAGUACUGUAGCCCAAGAACUCCCCAGACAAGUAAUGACAACAGACAAAAAGAAUUAAGUAUUGAUAACUUGGAUUACAUUGUUGAUACAUUAAGAAGUAAUCAUUUUCCUGAUCGUGACUGGAAAGAACUUGGUCAUCAUCUAGGACUUGAUGAUGCUACACUUGAUGACAUUGACGUAGAUGAACGAUGUAGAACUUUUUUAGAACGUUUUGAGAAAUGCAUGCAUACUUGGCUGAAAAGAGAAGCUAAAUCAUGGAAGACACUAGUUGAGGCAUUGAACAAGAUGGGACAAAAAGAAGUUGCUAAAAGUAUUACAAGUAAAACAUUAUCUGCUGGUUAUUAUUAGUUUAUCAGCAAUUUAUAAUAUUGCUUUUGUUUUCAAUAUUAUUUUUUGCUAAAAUUAAACAUUUUGUGUAGUUGAUUUCAUGACUUUCGAUUUAAUAACUUUUAA